AUGGACGGGCCCCACUCUCCUUCAGUAUGUGCGUGGGGAUGGACGGGCCCCACUCUGCUUCAGUGUGUGCGUGGGGAUGGACGGGCCCCACUCUCCUUCAGUGUGUGCGUGGGGAUGGACGGGCCCCACUCUCCUUCAGUGUGUGCGUGGGGAUGGACGGGCCCCGCUCUCCUUCAGUAUGUGCGUAAGGAUGGACGGGCCCCACUCUCCUUCAGUGUGUGCGUGGGGAUGGACGGGCCCCACUCUGCUUCAGUGUGUGCGUGGGGAUGGACGGGCCCCACUCUCCUUCAGUGUGUGCGUGGGGAUGGACGGGCCCCACUCUGCUUCAGUAUGUGCGUGGGGAUGGACGGGCCCCGCUCUCCUUCAGUAUGUGCGUGGGGAUGGACGGGCCCCGCUCUCCUUCAGUAUGUGCGUGGGGAUGGACGGGCCCCACUCUCCUUCAGUGUGUGCGUGGGGAUGGACGGGCCCCACUCUCCUUCAGUGUGUGCGUGGGGAUGGACGGGCCCCACUCUCCUUCAGUGUGUGCGUGGGGAUGGACGGGCCCCGCUCUCCUUCAGUAUGUCGUGGGAUGGACGGGCCCUGCUCUCCUUCAGUGUGUGCGUGGGGAUGGACGGGCCCCGCUCUCCUUCAGUAUGUGCGUGGGGAUGGACGGGCCCUGCUCUCCUUCAGUAUGUGCGUGGGGAUGGACGGGCCCCGCUCUCCUUCAGUGUGUGCGUGGGGAUGGACGGGCCCCGCUCUCCUUCAGUAUGUGCGUGGGGAUGGACGGGCCCCGCUCUCCUUCAGUAUGUGCGUGGGGAUGGACGGGCCCCGCUCUCCUUCAGUGUGUGCGUGGGGAUGGACGGGCCCCGCUCUCCUUCAGUGUGUGCGUGGGGAUGGACGGGCCCCACUCUCCUUCAGUAUGUGCGUGGGGAUGGACGGGCCCCGCUCUCCUUCAGUAUGUGCGUGGGGAUGGACGGGCCCCGCUCUCCUUCAGUGUGUGCGUGGGGAUGGACGGGCCCCGCUCUCCUUCAGUAUGUGCGUAAGGAUGGAUGGGCCCCACUCUGCUUCAGUGUGUGCGUGGGGAUGGACGGGCCCCGCUCUCCUUCAGUGUGUGCGUGGGGAUGGACGGGCCCCACUCUCCUUCAGUGUGUGCGUGGGGAUGGACGGGCCCCGCUCUCCUUCAGUGUGUGCGUGGGGAUGGACGGGCCCCGCUCUCCUUCAGUGUGUGCGUGGGGAUGGACGGGCCCUGCUCUCCUUCAGUGUGUGCGUGGGGAUGGACGGGCCCUGCUCUCCUUCAGUGUGUGCGUGGGGAUGGACGGGCCCCACUCUCCUUCAGUAUGUGCGUGGGGAUGGACGGGCCCCGCUCUCCUUCAGUAUGUGCGUGGGGAUGGACGGGCCCUGCUCUGCUUCAGUAUGUGCGUGGGGAUGGACGGGCCCCACUCUCCUUCAGUGUGUGCGUGGGGAUGGACGGGCCCCGCUCUCCUUCAGUAUGUGCGUGGGGAUGGACGGGCCCCGCUCUGCUUCAGUAUGUGCGUGGGGAUGGACGGGCCCCACUCUGCUUCAGUAUGUGCGUAA